AUGCAUAAGGGUUGUCUAAAAGGCGGAAAAAUUAAAGUUUCAGAACUCAUAGGAAAUCAGAAACGAGUCUCCCAGAAUUUCAAGAGACGUACUUCAACGGUGGAGAUACAACAUCCCACCUUCAAAUCACCGAGUAGCAGACUGGAACCAUCUACUCUUCCAAGUAACCUUGGCGGUUUGUGUGUCAAUGCAGAGUGUGUCUAUUUCAAGGUUGGUAAGAAAAACAAUGGGAAACUCUUUAAGUUGUUGCAGAGUCUCGUUUGUCAGCACGAUAAGGGUGUAAGUAAUGAAAGCGUCACCAGCUCCAACACAGCAAGACGCAACCUGAGGAAGCGCCCUCCUCCAAACUCGGCUGAGCGGCAUCGCCGUCGCAAGUGGUGGCGAUUUUGCCGAGACGACGACGACGACGGAAACAGGAUGCACCGUGGGUCCGGAGAUUGUAGACGGUGGUCAUCGCUCGGAGAGUAUUUGGAGGUGGAAAGGAGGUCUGGAGACGAAGCUGUAUAUGGCUCCGCCGAGGUGGAGCUAGAGGGUGCGGUGGCGGAAAGAGCAUUGUUCGCCGACGGGAGGGUUCUUCCUCCGGCUUCAGCUGAGGUUGUUAGCGGAGAAGGUACGCUGGCGAUUACGGCACUUUGUAGAUUCCCGGUUUCCUUAACCGGCAUAUGCAGCGGAGGCGGAGGAUAGAUCCGUCGGUUAUAUU